UUUUGUUAAGCCAGUCUGUUUCCCCUGAUUGCUCUCUCCUUCCGUCCUCGCAGGACUCAUUCUUAGAUGCUACUCACGAUAAUACCCUGAGUAGCUUCCUGGGGGAGAGGGAGAGCGGUCGCCACCAUCCCAGGGAGAAGCGCAACAGAGUGUUUGCGACCCUGGAGAAGGUUGUUUCUAAUGGCAGCUUGGCCCUAUGCGGGUGGGUGCCACCUGACGGUGGCCGGCUCCCCAGACAAGUGGGACCCAAGCCCCCAUGUCUAUCGCAGCCAAAAAGGCCAAACCGUUCAAGGCUUUGUAUGUGAUUACUUCCAAGAAUUUGCAGCACUUUAUCAGUCACCUCGUGUUUACAAUAUUUAUAGGAUGCACCUUACCCAGUCUACUUUUACAACCUCUCCGUUUUAACCCAUGUUUUUAUUAGUUCUUGUCAUUUGUUUUUAUUGGCUAAUGUUUAAAUUUUUAUAAUUGUGCAUGUCUCUUGUCUUUUGUUGUGUUUUAUAUUGCUAUUGUUUUUGUUCGGGCUUGGCCCCAUGUAAGCUGCCCUGAGUCCCCUUUGGGGAGAUGGAGGUGGGGUAUAAAAAUAAAGUUGUUAUUAUUAUUAUUAUUAUGCGUGCAGAUCCCUGUAGGGUGGCCUUUUGUAUUAUUAUUAUUAUUAUUAUUAUUAUUAUUAUUAUUAUUAUUAUUAUUAUUUGGUUUACUAAUUUUCUGUUAUAGAUUGGCAUCCUUUCACACCCAUUCCCUCCCCCCACCCGGCAGUCCCCAUAACCCUCCAGCCCCCCCACCCCCCUCCAACAAUACAAAGUGCAAAUGCAGUUGUAAAGUGCAGAGGGGGCAUGAGCAGCAUAAGUGUAGGGGUCUGAGCUAACUAAAGUGCAAGGCAGGCAGUGGGGAUUAGGAUUGUGACCUAAUUCAGUAUGGUGCAAUAUGGUUUUAUAACGUGCCAAGGCAGGACCAAUUAGAGAUGAUAAACUUAGUAAAUUGCUCAUGCUCAGUAAGAUAUUUGUGAGGCAUCUUCUAGGACAGGACUGGACAGAGUAGGUGCCGCUCUUCCCCAGGUUGGGAUUUAAUGGCUUAAGAUUACUGCGGACACGUUCCUACAACCCGUACAUAACCCGUGUUUCUCUCAAUCGCCUUCACCUGCUGAAAAGCCUUUCCCCACAACAGAGGGCAGGAAAUAGAGGCGGAAAUGGACAGGGGUGGAAAGGGCUGGGCAGGAAGGAGGGUUUCCCGACUGAGCUGUGCCUGUGAAUUUGCAUGCCGUCCUGCGGCUCAACCAAGGGAGUGAACAGCCCAACGGGGACGUAGUCCAGGCGAGACCAGUUCUGUGGACAUCUCAGCAUGCCUAAAUGGGGUGUUGAAUUUGCCAGGCAGGAAGGCAACGUCUUUGGGAAUUUGGGGUUCCUUUGAGAGAUGUAGGAAAUGUGGUGGCAGCAGGGGUCUAAUUUGGGAUGCACAGGAGACGGACCUGGGAUCCCUUGUGGCCUGAAAGGGAAUCUAGACAUUUAUGAAAUCAUCAAUAAAGGGAUCAUUGUGCCUCUUAAUAUUUAACAUGCUGGUAAUUCAUGGAAACGAAUUAUUCAGAGUGAAUGACGCCCCGUCUAUGGUCUGUCUGACUGUCUGCCUUUUGUUUCUUUAGCCGUGUUUAGGUCAAGCCAAAAAAAUCAAUGUGGCUCUUUAGUAUUGUACGAAGGUCCCUUUUUCUUCCAUCCAUCCCUCUUUCCUUCCAUCAAUCACUCAUUUUCAUAUUCCCUCUCUUGUUUUCUUCUCUCCUUCUGAAUCCAUCCCUUAUUGUCCAUCAAUCUGUGAUCACCUUUGUUAGUUUCCGUGUGUCCUUGAGACCCUUUAUAUCUCCAUUUCUUCCAUUUUCAACAUGAGCCCUGAAUGGAAAAGAGGAUCAUCUUAGAAAUAAAGGAAGUUUGCAGGUUCAUGUUUAACCUUUUGCUUCUUCUUUCUUGAUCAGGGAAAUGAAGACCCUAUGAAGUCACCACAGGCAUGAAAAGAAAAUAUCAAUAUCUAGUGGAGAUUGAGGAAUUUGGAAACCAAAGGGCAAUAAUGAAAGAAAUCCUGCGGGAAGAAGAAAUCCUCUCUAGGUGCCAAUCUUGUGGAACUCAAUUUUGAUUAAAAAGAAAAAGGUAACACUCACAUGUCUGUAUCGCAGUCAAUCAUAACUGUCAACAUGGAGGAGAAACUCUUUACAUGUCUUGAGUGUGGAAAGAGCUUCAUUUGGAGGAGCCAUCUGCUACUGCAUGAAAGGACUCACACUGGGGAGAAACCCUUUAAAUGUCUGGAGUGUGGACAGAGUUUCACUCAUAGUUCAGGCCUACGUUCACAUCAAAGGACUCACACUGGGGAGAAACCCUUUAAAUGUCUGGAGUGUGGACAGAGUUUCACUCAUAGUUCAGGCCUACGUUCACAUCAAAGGACUCACACUGGGGAGAAACCCUACAACUGCCUGGAGUGUGGACAGAGCUUCACUCAUAGUUCAGUUUUGCAUUCACAUCAAAGGACUCACACUGGGGAGAAACCCUAUACAUGCCUUGAGUGUGGACACAGCUUCACUUAUAGUUCAGUUUUGCGUUCACAUCAAAGGAUUCACACUGGGGAAAAACCCUAUAAAUGCCUGGAGUGUGGACAGAGCUUCACUCAGAAUUCAGGCCUACGUACACAUCAAAGGACUCACACUGGGGAGAAACCCUAUACAUGCCUGGAGUGUGGACAUAGCUUCACACAUAUUUCACAUCUACGUUCACAUCAAAGGACUCACACUGGGGAGAAACCCUAUAAAUGCCUGGAGUGUGGUCAGAGCUUCACUCAGAAUUCAGGCCUACGUUCACAUCAAUGGACUCACACUCGGGAGAAACCCUACAACUGCCUGGAGUGUGGACAGAGCUUCACUCAGAAUUCAGGCCUACGUAGACAUCAAAGGACUCAUACUGGGGAGAGACCCUAUAAGUGCCUGGAGUGUGGACAGAGCUUCACUCAUAGUUCAGGCCUACGUUCACAUCAAAGGACUCACACUGGGGAGAAACCCUAUAACUGCCUGGAGUGUGGACAGAGCUUCACUCAUAGUUCAGUUUUGCGUUCACAUCAAUGGACUCACACUGGGGAGAAACCCUAUAACUGCCUGGAGUGUGGACACAGCUUUACUCACAAGGGAAACUUACAUACACAUCAAAGGACUCACACUGGGGAGAGACCCUAUACAUGCCUGGAGUGUGGACAGAGCUUCACUCAUAGUUCAGGCCUACGUUCACAUCAAAGGACUCACACUGGGGAGAAACCCUAUACAUGCUGGGAGUGUGGACAGAGCUUCACUCACAAUUCAGACUUACGUUCACAUCAAAGGACUCACACUGGGGAGAAACCCUAUAAAUGCCUGGAGUGUGGAAAGAGCUUCGCUCAAAGUGGAAACCUAAGUUCACAUCAAAGGACCCACAGUGGGGAGAAACCCUAUAAAUGUCUGGAGUGUGGACAGAGCUUCGCUCGUAGUUCAGGCCUACGUUCACAUCAAAGAACUCACUGGGGAGAAAUCCUAUAAAUGCCUGGAGUGUGGACAGAGCUUCACUCAGAGUUCAGGCCUACGUAAACAUCAAAGGACUCACACUGGGGAAAAACCGUAGAAAUGCAUGGUGUGUGGACAGAGCUUUUCAGGGAAUAACAUUAUACAUAGACAUCAUAGAAUUCACCCUGGAGAGAAUGGUGUUAAUUGACACCAGAGUGUCAUUCCAACGUGUACAAAAGCAACACUUGCAAAUUUUGGAAAUGCAAGCUCAAAGUUGAGACAUUCAUCACAUGUGAUAUAUUGUAGAAAGAUCGAACUAAAAUGCCUUCCAUUCUGGAAGUAAUUAAGAUGAUAGGAAACUAGAGUUUUAUAUGUUUAGAAUGUUGGAUGAUGAAUUAGAAUAAAAACAUGGGCUGUUACUGCGAGAUACUAAAGAAUUGACUAUACACAGGGAUGGAAGGAAUGUUUUAUUCCAAAGCAAAAAAGAAUGGCUUAUGAAGACCUGCAAAUUAGCCAAAACAAACAAGCUGACAACAACAUGGGCAGAUGUCAGUUGUAAUAUUUAUUCAUUGGAAGAGUGUUAUCGGAAAUAGAAGUGUUGUUAUAUUAUCUAAAGGGAGAAGAAUAAUGAAAGAUAAAAAUUAACAGAUAGAAUGAGGCUUUUAGGCAUGUAUCCCUGUCUGUUUGUUAGUUCAGCUGUGUGUCUAUGUAGGUAACUUUUUCGUUAGUGUGUUUGUUUCUGAUUUAGUUUUGUAUCUCAUGUAGUACUUAGUUUCAUGUAUAGUUGAAGCAUUAUAUAUAAUAUCUGCCUUUUUUAUUGUUGCUUUUAAUCUCUUUUUUAUUUAUUUCUUUUUAUUUAGCCCAAAAUGGGGUUUAAUGUUUAAUCUAGAGCACCUUUGAAUAUUAUUUCCUUUCUCUGUGUUGAUGACAUGGGUUUGGAUUCAAUUGUCUUGCUUUAGACAUUAUUGUUCCUAUUAUGCUUUAUACAACAUGUAUUCACUGCUUUGAUCACCAUCCAUUCUUUUUCACUGCCUUGUCUAUCCCGCAAACCCCUCCAGUGUGUUCUCUUGGUCAUCAGGGUUCAGUGUGCUAAGUUUGGUCCACAUCCGUCAUUGGUGGGCUUUCGAAUGCUCUCUGGAUGCAGGGUGAACUACAACUCCAGGGUCUUUGUGCCAAGUUUGGUCGUCAGUGUAAGGAUGUUAGGAGUUAAACAGAGAUUAUUGAUAUGAUUUUAUUUGUUUGUUAAAGAAAAAAGAAGGAGUUAUAUAUUAGCAAGGAAAAGGCCUAACAUGGAAACAGUGUUUGGCAGGUUGCCAUGGUAACGCAGCCUCUCUUUGGAGAAGAAGGGGGCGUGGCUUAGUUGGCAGUUAGAGCAUAGACCUUUUUAAAAAGGGGUGUUGCUGUUAGGUUUUGAGAAGAUUAGGAGCUGUGGGAAUCAGCUAAGGACGUCAGCUUAUUGUUCACUCAGGGGAAAGGCUGGUGAUAUAAGUUGACCGGGUGUUUUAUUUACUGGUUCAAGAGAAGUUAUUUAAGAUCUAUCCAUUCAAGCAAGACUACAUUGUAACUUAAGAUCCGGAACAUUUACUGAUUGAAACCACACGCUUAUGUACAAAUAAACUUGAAUUUUGUUGUUCAUAAA